GUCAGGGAGGGGGGCGCUAACUUCCCGCGGGGCACCCAAUCAGCUCGGGCCGCGGCGGCAGGGUCUGUCCCGGCGUCCCUCCGACCAGCACGGGAGGCGCUACGUAAAUGCGGGCCGAACCCACGGUGCUAAAUAAGUGCACAGCCCCGGAGGGCUUCUCUCUGGGGUCCGAGUCAGGGCGGACCGGGAAAGGCCAUUCCUACGGGGGAGAAAACCCGGGCCGCCCGCGCGGAAACGACGAUCCCAAGGUCACUAGGCAGGUGAUACGCGGUAAUGGGUAAUGACCCAAGCUGAGCCCGCGCUGGCCUCCCGCCCUCGGCCCGGCGCUGUGCCCGCCCCCGAGCUUCUCUGGCCUCAGGCUCCUCCGCGACUUCCGAGGCCUCACGCCGGGCUGGGCCCGAGCGGAGAAAGGGAGCGGGGAGUGGCCCGUCCUACGGGGCUCACAAACCCAGGCCCGGGGACUACUUGAUGCGGUGUGCGGUUUACGGCCUGCGGCCUGCGCGCUCCGCGGGGCCUUCUUUACCGAAGGGCCGCCCCCGCUGCCCGUCGUCCGUCGCUGCUCUCCGGCCCCGGCCUCCCACAGGCCCAGAAGCCCCGUCCUCCGCCAGACCCCGUCCCCUGUCCCUAACGCUGAGGAAGCCCGGGCGGGUCCUGGACGCCAGCUUACCUGAGGCGGACGCUGGCUCUGAAGAACACGCAGUCAGUCCCGGCGCUUCUCCAGAAUCCUCCUUCCUGCCUCCCUUAGGGGCCCAGCCGCCGCUAGCGACGUCACAGGCGCGCCAACCUUUACGUCACCGCGUACAUCACGUCCGAGUCCGACGUCCGCGUGACUCUCCUCCCCUCGCGCGCGGCUGGCCGGGGCGGGGCGCGCUGCUUCUUCGUCACAGGGCUGGUGGAGCGAUGCUUGGGGAGAGAGGCGGGGAGGGCCACGGCGCGCCGCUUGGACGUCACGGGGCAGACUGGUCUGAGGCGACGGUCUGCAGGGCGCGGCGCGGUGUUUAUGCGUCACGGGGUGGGUGGGGCGAUUUGGGACUUGGGCGGGAGAGGGGCAACAUGUCUAGGCUGAAGAGACCGGUGAUGGGCUCGGGCUUCCGCCACGAGAAAGGCGACAGCGGCGCCGGCGUCCCGCAGGGGCUGCUGAAAGCGGCGCGCAAGAGUGGCCAGCUCAAUCUCUCGGGCCGGGAUCUGAGCGAAGUUCCUCAGACAGUCUGGAGAAUAAAUUUGGACCUCCCCGAGGAAGCAAAACAGAAUCAUUCCUUCAAUGCUUCUGAACGAUGGUGGGAACAGAUAGAUUUGACUAAACUUAUCAUAUCCAACAAUAAACUUCAGUCACUUUCAGAUGACCUCAGACUUUUGCCUGCACUGACAAUACUUGAUAUGCACGAUAAUCUGCUGACGUCCCUUCCUUGCGCCAUAGGUGAGCUGGAAAAUCUUCAGAAGCUUAAUGUCAGUCAUAACAAACUGAAAACACUACCUCAAGAACUUACAAAACUAAGAAAUUUGAAGGGCCUGUUUUUGCAGUACAACGAACUGACUUGCGUCCCUGAAGGAUUUGGGCAGUUGCACAAAUUAGAGGAUUUAGAUCUGUCGAACAAUCACCUUACAGCUCUUCCAGUUAGUUUUUCUUCCCUCUCUAACCUAAUGCGACUCAAUCUGGCUAGUAAUCAGAUGAAGGACUUGCCAGUGGAAAUCACGAGGAUGAAAAGAUUAAAGCAUUUGGAUUGCACUUCAAACUACUUGCAAACUGUACCUUCUGAAUUAGCUAGCAUGGAAUCACUAGAACUGCUCUAUUUACGGAGGAAUAAACUGCGUUUUCUACCAGAAUUUCCAUCUUGUCUAUUAUUGAAGGAAUUGCAUGUUGGUGAAAAUCAGAUUGAAAUGCUAGGACCAGAACAUCUUAGACAUCUUAAAUCUAUCCACGUGCUAGACCUAAGAGAUAACAAGUUAAAAUCUAUUCCUGAUGAAAUUACGCUGCUCCAGGCCUUGGAACGACUUGAUCUAACUAACAAUGACAUUAGUAGUCUGCCCCAUACAUUAGGGAACCUUCCUCGUUUGCAGUUUUUGGCUUUAGAAGGAAACCCGUUGAGAACUAUUCGACGAGAACUCCUAAAUAAAGGGACCCAGGAAGUCCUCAAGUAUCUAAGAAGCAAAAUUAAAGAUGACCCAGUAAACCAAAAUGAAGCAUCCAUUGAGACAGCAAUGACCCUGCCAAGUCAGGCCAGAGUCAAUGCACACACCAUCACGGCACUGAAGCUCUUAGACUACAGUGACAAACAGACAACAUUGAUUCCUGAUGAAAUAUUUGAUGCUGUAGGAAACAACGUUAUCACUUCUGUAAACUUCAGUAAGAAUCAUCUAAAUGAAAUACCCAAAAGGAUUAUGGAGCUGAAAGCUGUCUGCGACAUUAACCUUGGCUUCAACAAGCUUUCCUGCGUUUCUGCCGAGCUGGGUGUGCUUCAGAACCUGGCCCACCUGGAUAUCAGGAAUAAUCUUUUGACCUCCUUGCCUGAAGAGAUGGAAGCCUUAAUUAAACUGCAAACUAUCAAUCUUUCCUUUAACAGGUUCAAAACCUUCCCCAGCGUUCUCUAUCGGGUCCGGUCUCUGGAAACCAUCCUUCUCAGUAACAAUCAGGUUGGAUCUGUGGACCCCCUGCAGCUAAAGCAGAUGGACAAGCUGGCCACUCUGGAUCUUCAGAACAAUGACCUCCUCCACAUCCCCCCCGAGCUGGGCAACUGUGUGAGUCUGAGGGCUCUUCUGUUGGAGGGGAACCCAUUCCGCAUUCCUCGAGCAGCCAUUUUAGCCAAAGGCACAGAGGCCGUCCUGGAGUAUCUGAGAGACCGGAUUCCUACUUAAUGGGGAUUUUGUCACCCGGCCUCCAGUGGCCCCGCGAGCUUCGAAGGGCAGGGGAGCGCGCCCGAUUUCCUCUCCCGAUGGCCUCUUCAAGCAGUGUGUCACUUAGUAUUGCUGUGAUUUAUCUGGGGCACAAGACUGGCUCUACAACCUUAUUACCACUAAAUAUUCUUUUUACAUAGAAAAUAAUGUAUAAAAACUUUAUAGUGAUGAUUAUA